CCACCGGUUUUUUUCUUCUUCUGACAGUUACAUUUUUGUGCCUCUGACUCUCCACUGAAGCUGUUAGGAAUAGUUUAGUUUAAGGAGGUAUAGCUUAAUUUUGGUUCUGCUUUUGCGCCCGCUGUGCUGAAAGUGAGUUUCUAGAGAGUAGCCACAGUGCGCAUGGCAAAAGAUAGCGUCUGCACCGGAGUGAAAAUGUAAAUCCUGAGAUCUGAAGACUACCCCAUCUAAGGACGCAUACGGGGAUGCUGCUUAUCUUCAGCCAAACGCACACCCCCUGGAUUCGAUGAGAGAUUUCACAACACCCGCUGCUGAUGGGAUGCACUGUGCUACCACCAGUGCCCACGUUUAGACGACAGCUCCGCACUCCUGCAGAACAAGCCUGUGUGGAAACAGAAGACUUUUCUUGUAAGGAGGGACGUGGUGAUUUUUUUAGACGCACUCAUUUGUAACUUAGAGAAUCUCGAGCGUCAUUGUGAUCUUUUGUGUGGGGGAUCGUUUUGGUGCAACGGAGGAGGGGUACCCGGUGGAUACUACUGCUUGCUUUUGCUCAAAAGAAGCGCGCCCGGUUGGAUUUAAGCUGCAGUCCACUUUACGCCAACUGCAUUGCCACAAGGAGAGGGGGGAAAAUGUAUGUAUCAUGAAACUAGGCGCCUGCGGCUUUUCGCAUUAACUCUUUGAUGGAUGUGCGGACUUAAAUCCACAAGUGGGGUCGUUCUUUGUGCUUUUAAGCUAUACAUAAUAUCACUUCACAACUACAAUGAGACAACGUGUCGGGAGAGGAAUUGUUACCCGGAGAAGUGGAGCCACAGAGCAGGACAGUGACUUCCAGAGGAUACCUACAGACGAGUGAAUGCCGUCUCUGAUGUGGAGCUUGUCGCUGUCCGACGCGCGAGUGGUGCUGAAAUUUGGAUGAUGCCUGGCCAGCGACUGCAAGACUGCCGCUCCCUGCACCUCAACGAGGACAACGGCCGCUUCGUUUUGCUCGCCAUCCUCAUUUUAGUGUACCUGCUGUGCGGCGCUGCGGUCUUCUCGGCUAUAGAGAGGCCCUCCGAGCUGCGGGCUCACGGGCGCUGGAACGGGACGCUCCUCAACUUCAGUGAGACCUUCAACAUAAGCCUGCAGGAGCUGAACUCCUUCCUGCGGGAGUACGAGGCUGCCAUCGCCGCCGGAAUCCGGGCUGACGCUCUGAGGCCAAGAUGGGAUUUUACAGGGGCUUUUUAUUUUGUUGGAACUGUGGUGUCGACUAUAGGUUUUGGGAUGACGACACCUGUGACAAUUGCAGGCAAAGUUUUCCUGAUCUUUUACGGGCUUCUGGGCUGUGCCGGAACCAUCCUUUUCUUUAACCUCUUCCUGGAGCGCAUCAUCACACUGCUGGCUGUGGUGAUGAAGGCUGUGAGGGAGAGACGAAUCAGGAACAGCGGCCUACUCCCACCAGGCAUCCGCCAUGACUUCUCAGCCUACUCCCUGCCAGGAUGGAAGCCCUCGGUGUAUCACGUGAUGCUGAUACUUGGCCUGUCAGCCAUCACCAUCUCCUGCUGUGCAUCAGCCAUGUACACGCCCGUUGAGGGCUGGGCUUACUUAGACUCUCUCUACUUCUGCUUUGUCACCUUCAGCACCAUUGGCUUUGGGGACUUUGUCAGCAGCCAGAGCGCGGCUUACGAAUACCAAAGCCUUUACAGGGUGGCCAACUUCUUUUUCAUGCUAAUGGGUGUGUGCUGCAUCUACUCGCUAUUCAAUGUUAUUUCUAUUGUCAUCAAGCAGGUGCUCAAUUGGAUGCUGGAGAAAAUGAGCUGCCUGUUUUGCCAGCGCUGCAAUAACGCUAAUGCUUUCCUGGGCAGACGCAAUGCCAUCCGCCCGGGUUCCAAAGGUCGCCAGCGUCGGUUUGGUCAGCCGCCCGACUCAGACGGACCUUGUGACAGUGACGCAGAGGGCCGCAGAUUAUCGGGGGAGAUGAUCUCCAUGAAAGACCUGGCAGCCUCUAGCAAAGUGUCGCUGGCCAUCAUGCAGAAGCAGCUGUCUGAGUCUGCCAACGGAUAUCCCAGGACAGUAUGCGGCAGCUCACGCCAUAAUGGUUUCUCUGGGGGGGUUGGUGCUCUGGGUAUCAUGAACAACAGACUGGCAGAGACAAGUAACUCCAGGUAGAGGGUGUGGGGGGCACUUUACACUCGUACUGUAAUAAGAACCCAGAGGUUGAUCGCCAUAUAAAAACACAAAAAGUUUUGUCUGAGGUUUUUUUUUUUCUCGAAAGGGAUUGCCAGUGUAAUAUCGACAUGCAUGAUACAUAUGAUUUUUUUAAAAAUACUUUUGUUUGGCCUGUGAUAAUACAGGUAUGAUAAUAAUGGUGAUGAUUUUAAUGAUGAUUUGGUGAUGAUGGUGGUGGUGAUGGUAUGAAGAGAGAAGCACAGAGUCAUCAAUAGAAAACAUAAACUGACCUGGAAGCGUGGGAACCAACAAUCGCCCAUUGACCUCAGUCCCAACCCAGAACAAACUGAGUCUCAGACAAAGUCUCUCAUACAUCAGUGUUAUUCUGCAGAGGACACAGUCUGCUAGACUCGCUCUAUCCUAUCAGACUUAUACAACUUUAAUGACGUGCUGUAAAGUAGUCAAGGGAAACGUUCAGCACAGUAUUUACUGUUUGAGCUUUUGCCAGUUUAUUUAAAUGUGCGUACUGAAUGUUGAUGUAAAAGGAGCGUAAUCGCCGAAUGAUAUAGCACAUACUGAUCUAUGCAUUAUAUGUUUCUCAUGCAUUUUUUUGCACCAUUCCUUUGAUUGCGCAGAGCCCCCCCCCCCCCACUUGUUUUUCUCAUCUAUCCUCAGGUGAUUGAUUUCAUUUUUGUUCCUCUUGCAUUGCUCAACAUGGAGAAAAAGAAAAGAGUUGAAGAAUGAAAAUUCAUUUCUGGAAGAAAAAAAAAAGGAACUGGUCCUCUUAUCAGCUAAGAACAUGCUUCAGCGGCCAAAGACUUUGACUAAAAGGGUAAAAGAGGGCACCUUCCCAACUUCGUCUCUCUCCUCUUUUUUUUUUUUUUUUUAAAGCUUACAGCUGUCUGCGAAGGGAAGUAAACGAUAAAGCUUUUCUAAUUGUUCGUCCACUGCAGCAUGCAGACAUGUAUUUGGAGAGCUGAAUAAAUAAGAAACAGCUUUAAGGAUUUAUAAGGUAUGUAUGUAUAAGAAAGUGGAAGGAGUUUGACAAGCAAAUAAAUUGCAUGUGGCUUUAUUCCAUGGGCACAUUAUGUUAAAUGAUGCUGACUGAGCACGGCCGGGUCAGUCGUAGUCGCUAGACUGAAAACUGAUUCAUCAUUGUAAGGAUUUGUUUUCACUGAUGGAUGCUUUUUUUUUCUUUUUUGUGCAUUUUGAGUGAAAAAAAAGGAAGAAGAAGAAGAAGAAGGCCUAAAGUCCUGCAAAGAUUGAUUUUUUGUCUUGAGUUCAGCAUAAAUGUGCAGCCAAGGUUUUAUGGAUGGAGGGUGUUUGCGGAGGAUAUGGUUGCCCUGUCAGGCUCACGAUCAAUGUCCCUGUUGCCGGCAACUAUCUAUUCCGAAGCGGCGGUGUGUGUGUGAGAUUUAAAGCCACGUGAUGGCGUUUGAUGUUUGUAAACAGCGUGACAGAGGAGGAGAAAUUGAUAGUUAAACUGUCCGGGACACGUUGAUGAAGAGGAGGGAAGCAGAGAGAAAAGAGGUGGCCAAUGCAAAUCGAUGGUCUCUCUCAACCAAUGGCUCAACUCUCCCAUCUUCAGCAUCUGAUUGUCCC